AUGGCAGAGGCGUGGUACAACCUGUAUGACCUGGGCAAGGCGUGGCGCUGGUACCAUGACUCGCUGGGGCUGAACCGACGGCUUAAGAUCAAAGAGGGCGAGUUUAUUGCGCUGAUAGGCAUUGGCAACGUGAGUGAUGCAAGGUUGCAGCACGAACAGGCACUGGAGUAUUUCCAGCAAGCGCUGCUGAUGGGAGGGGGAAGCAGGGAGCGAGGGAAGCACGAGUUGGAAGGGAGGGAGUGGGGCUGGGUGAUGGCAGGGAAGGCAGCAGCAGAUGGUAUUCUCGGUGCGAAAUUCUGA